AAAAUAUUAUCACUGGAAUCAGUGAAACUGGAGGGAAUUUUUUUGUACUAAAUAAAAAUGGGUAAAAGUAAAAAAUAUAAAAACAGAGCAAUGCACCAAAACAAAAACAAUAAGAUUAAAGCAGAUGAAUGUGAGAAUAAACCUUCAAGCCAAAAGUUUUGUAAAACCUGUAAUAAAUUGAGAGAUGGAAAUUUUUGUUCCACAUGUGGUUCUCGAUUAAAUGAAGAUAAUUCUAUUCUUUCAAACAAUCCUGCCAACUGUCAAUCUGAAUGCAUGGAGGGCAUGCUUGUAACUGAAGACAAGUGUUAUGAAGAAAAUAAAUAUUCUGCGUCUAGUGUAACACAAAGUAAUUGCAUUGAUAAUUCGACUAGCAAUAAUAUUUUUAAAUUUGAUGAUAAAACAUGUGCUGCUGAAAGUAAUCAAGAGCAUGUUCAAAAAGAAUCUUUUAUAGAAACAAGUGCUCUGCUAGAAAAAGACAAUGCUUUCGAUAUUUCUGUUGCUGAAGAUAAGUGUCAUGAACAAAAUAAAUAUUCUGCAUUUGGUGCAAUACAAAGUAAUUGCAUUAUUAGUUCAACUAGCAACAAUAUUUUUAAUUUUAAUGAUAAAACAUGUAUUGCUGAAAGUAAUCAAGAACAUUUUCAAAAAGAAUCUUUAAUAGAAACAAGUGCUCUUCUAGAAAAAGACAAAGCUUUUGAUAUGGUUUUUGCAAAAGACGAGCAUCAUGAACAAAUUAAUUAUUCUAUAUCUAGUGCAAAUCAAAGUUAUUGCAUUAUUAGUUCAACUAGCAAUGAUGUUUUUAAAUUUGAUAAAACAUGUGUUGAUAAAACAUGUGUUGCUGAAAGUAAUCAAGAAUAUGUUCAAAAAGAAUCUUUUAAGGAAUCAAGCUUUCUUCUAGAAAAGGAGGAUAUGCCUGUUCCUGGAAACAAGUUUUAUGAACAAAAUAAAUAUUCUGGAUCUAGUGAAGUACAAAGAAAUUGCAUUAUUAGUUCAACUAGCAACAAUGUUCUUAAAUUUGAUGAUAAAACUGGCGUUGCAGCAGAUAAUCAAGAGCAUGCUCAAGUUGAAUCUUUUAUAGAAACAAGUGCUCCUUUAGAUAAAGAUAAAGCUUUGGAUAUACUUGUUGUCCAAGAUAAGUGUCAUGAACAAAACAAAUAUUCUGCUUCUAGUGCAGUACAAAGUUGUUGCAUUAUUAGUUCAACUAGCAACAAUGUUUUUAAAUUUGAUGAUAAAACCGGUGUUGCUGAAAGUAAUCAAUUGCACGUUCUUGAUGAAUCAAAUGCUCUUUUAAAGAAAGACAAAGCUUUGGUUGUAUCUUCAGAUAUAAACAAAACAACAAAUGUUAAAAGUCUUCAAUCUGAAAAUCAAAAUGAUGUUAGUCAAAACAAUUUAUGCUCAGAUGCUACUAAAAAGAACACACCUCAGGAAGAAAAUAGCCUAUCAACUGAUCAUGAGCAGAAUAAUAUAAACAAACUUCAGGACCAAAGUAAAAGCAAUAAUGUAGAAUGUAAGCAUCAGAUCCCAAAAAAUCAAAAUGAACUUGUUGCCAAAGAGCAGACCAAUCAAAAAGAAGAGGAGUUGUUUAAUUGCCAGUUGUUCAAUGUUGCAGUUAAUAAUUUCAACAUGAUUUCAAUAUGUUUUUAUGUUGUGAUAAAAGAGCCUGGUGACGAUCUUUAUGUAAUGUUUGGACAUGAAUGUCUUGGUAAUUGGAAACAGCCUGCUGUUCGUAUGAGUUUUUACAAGCUCACCUCAGUGGGAUAUCUUUAUAAAGGUAACUUGUUUUGUUCAAAAGAAAUAUUCAAAAAGAAUCAGGUUGAAUAUAAAUAUACAAUAAUUAGUAAAAAAAAACCUAUUUGGGAAUAUCUUGAAUUUGCUCCAAACUCAACUGCAGCUACUAAUCGUGUAUUGGUUAUUAGUAAAGAUUUCUUAGAAGUUCUUAAUAAAGAUGUCACAUUUUUUCAAGUAGAUGACCUGUAUUUUCCACAAAAUCCAUCUGAUAAAGAAAAUACUUCAACUGUUGUUAUGAAAUUUUUAAAAAGUUAUUUUUCUAAAAAAAUUCAUCCAAAAAAUGAAAUAUAUAUCAGUGCUUUUAACAUGUAUGUUAGUAUACUUGAGUUUAAUACACAUAAUAUAAUCGAAAGUUCGAUGUUUAUAAGAAGUUUGCUAUCAGGAUUUUAUCACGCCUAUGCUAUGACUGAAAAAAAUCUAGCACCUUGGAUAAAAGUUGACAAUCAUCAACCAAUAACAGAGUUAUUCACAGCUAUUGAAAGAAAAUUUUCCAAUUUUAAACAAUCUGAGCUAUUUUUCAACAGUUUAUCACUGCUGCUAAUCUUUUAUGAUGAUCUUGAUUUAAUUAGUUUUGCGCCAUUCAACUUUAUUUCAUUUGUUUUUGAAAAUUUAUCAUUGGAAAGUUGUGAUUGGAGUUACAGAGAUAUAUUAAAAAACAUAUUGCAACAUUUUCCUGAAAAGUUUUUAAGGUUUAUUCAAAUAGCUCUAAGUUCUUUGCUUAAAAGUUGGUUUGAAAGAUAUAAUUAUUCAGAAGAGAAAGCUCAUGUUUGGUGUUAUGCAUUGUUAGUGUUACAUGUCAUCUCUGAUGAAUGGAACAAGAAAUUAAAAAUAAAUCAAGAUCCUAUAAAUGCCUCCUACUGUGGUUUACCAAAUUUUGUUGAUAAAAAAUAUCUCACAAUUUAUGAGUUGACCUUAAAUAAUUUGCAAAAAAUUCAGGGAAGUUUACAGAAAGAUAUUUUGCUUCAGAGAGGUAUUGCUUAUCUUAUGGAGUUCAAGUAUUUUGUGGAUGCAUUAAAAACUGAAGCUUUUAACAAGCAUCUUCUGAUUAACAUGAUGACAUAUCAUAUAAAGUCAAAUACAUGUUUAAAUCAAUCCAUGAUUACUAAUUGUAAAAAAUUCUUAGAUGAAUUGCAAAGAUUGGACUUUGUUCAAAAAAAUUCCAAUAGAAGUCAUAUAGUUGAGGCACUUAUUAAAAUGUUACUUGUGUCAUUAAACAUGUUAGACAUUAAUGACAACAGUUGCAGCUUACUUUCUAAAAUGCUUAAUUGUAUAAAUGAAUUUUACAAAACGAUUGACCCAUUAAAUAAAUGUUUGACAGAACUUAAUGAAACCAUCCAAAAGCACAUACCAAACAUUAUAAGCAAACUUAUUAUUAAGUUUGGUGAAAAACAGAGCUCAUGGUAUACACUGCAAAAUUUGGAAUCACAACUUGAGGUUAUAAAAAUGCUUGCCGAUUUAGAAGUUACAAAAGGAAACGAAUUCAAAGAACUUGCACUUGAUAUUUUGAAAAAUAAAAUUAAAAAUGCAAAAAAUAGUGUUUUGUUAGAAGCUUAUUGUCGUUUGGAUAUUUUAUCAUACAAUGAGUUACUUCAUAAACCUUUUACAGAUUUUUUUUCCUCUGCUAUUGAACAAAUGUCGCAGAAAAAUUUACAAACGCUCUGCACAUUGGCAAGUUACAGUACUAAUUUGAUCAAGUUUGUAACAACUAAAUGGGAAUGUUUAACCUCUAUAAAUGAAAAAGUGAAAUUUUGUCUUACAUGGCCACCUUUCAUCGUAUUGUUAAACCACAUAAGAAAAAACUCAAACAAGGAAGCAAAUUUUUUUACCCAUGAAGUUGUAUCAGUAAUCCAUUACAUUUUUGAAAUUAUUGAUAAUGGUGAAAUUACAAUUGACUUUUUGAUUAACCUUAAGAACAAAGAAAGUGUUUUAUUUGAUCUUAUGAAAGUAUUGAAAAUAAAUUUUUUUGAUAAUUUUAAAGAAAGAUAUAGUUUACGAUUGAAGGAAUUAUAUUAUUUAAAUAAAGGCAAAGAGAUUGUGAAAUACAUCCAUCAAUUUUGCAAACUGUUACUUCAAUGCACUGUCAAAACGGAAACCUUAGAGGAUGUAUCUCAGUCAAAUUAUUCAGUUCUAACUUUUAAAGAAAUAUUUGUGGAGAGUACUCCAGGUGAAGUUUCCAAAUUUUCAGCUAAUAAUGAACCUGUUUGUCUAAUUGUAUCAAAUGAUGAACUAAAAAUUGUUAACAAAGUGUGCAUGUACUUCAAAAUUUCAUUACGGUGGUUUGAAUAUGCUUCUCACUAUAAAGAUUGCAAUGCGAUGAGCAGUUUUUUGUUUAAAAAAGAAAUUCAGUUGACUGCAAAAAAAUUUGAAGAAUACAGGAUAAAGAUUAAAUAUACUCAAUUAUUUGAAGAGAUUAUUUUACCAGCUGUUGAAAAUUUAAAAAUUUUGUUUGAAAGUAUAGUGUCUUGUAAAAUAAGUCCAUCUGAUGUGAUUUUAAUUUUUUCUGGAUACAAUCAUAGUGCCUACAAAACUGAACUUUUUUUAUUAACAAAAUUGUUAAUGGUAAAUUAUAAUGGUGCAGAUAUAGAAACUUGUGUUGAAAAAAUAGUCUGUGUGUUUUUGAUGGAAAAAUAUUUUAACAUUGCAAAUACAAUACAAGAAGUGAGAACAAGUUUGAAUUUAUGUGGAGAUUUUACUUCUGUUGUGAACAUGGUGAAACCCAUAAAGGAAAUUGAAAGUUUGCAAGAUAUUGACAACAGUUUUAAAUAUUUGGCUGGUUCCUUUGAAAACUUUUCACCUUUCAUUUAUGACAUGUUUAGUGUUAUUUCAUCAUGUCUGCAACUUUUUAUAUGGUUAAAAGAGAAUCUAAAAGAUCCAAAGGAACUAAAACUUUUUGUUGAAAUCAUAUCAAUAGCUGUAGGAGAAAAUGAUUAUGAAAUUGAUCGAGUAAAAUGUUUUGAAUCUUGUUGUCUCGCUUUUAGCCACAUAAUUUUUGAUCUAAACAAAAACUCUGGUUUUAAAGAGCUAUUGCAGGCCUGUGAAAAAACUGAAAGAAUCGCAUCAAGUGAUUGGGAUAUCAUUAAAAAGCUGACAGAUACAAAUCAUAAUCUUGAGUGGUUUAAAAAUGCAAAAAAAUCUCAAGGAUCAGUGGCUACAAAAUCAAUAAUGGAAGCCAAAGAUGCUAAUCGUAAAGGAUGCUUCAUUAUAGGAAAUCAAGAAAAUAGCUAUGCUGAUUUUUUACAAUUUAAUCUAGCUGAAGUUAUAAAGUUCCAAAUAAAAAAUGACAACUCAACUGUAAAAGAUUACACUUUAGAAAAAGUAAAUGAUUUGCAAAGUCGUUUGAUGUUGCUAGGAGCAAGUAUUGGUGACAAAUUAAUUAAAGAAAGGCAGAAAGAGAAAGAUUAUUUUGUUGCGGUUGUUGAAGUUGUAACAAGAUUAGGAAAUGCUUAUAUGUCUCUUUGUGAAGUUGGUGAUAUUAAAUUUAUACAUUGGAAAAAGACAUUUUAUUGUAAUAUUGAGUUUGAGGGAGAAACUUCCAUCAAUGGUUUAAUAAUAGAAUCUGAGAAAUUGGAGAAGCGAUUAACAUAUUGGAAAGACAAGUUAACAAGUUUCCGUUGUUUAAACCCUAUCAUAAACCACUUUUCAGUUAAACAAUGUCUCUUUAUGCAAAAACAAUUAUUUAUGCUAACUGAGAAUCUUAGUUAUGUUGAUAAGCUCUCUUCUCAAUUUUUUACUCUUCUUAAUUUUUUUGCUCAUGAUAUCACUUUAAGUAAUAUUAAACAAGCUUUUAAAUUGUCUUACAAUUUAAAUAUUGAAGAUGAAUUGCAAAAAUGGAAAACAGCCACUAUUCUGUCAAAUUUUGAUAAAUACACACCUAAUGAAAUUCUAGAAUUUGUCAAUACACUUCAGCAAGAAUAUGAUAUAAGUGAAAAUGUUGCGUGGGCAUCUAUUAUAAAGAUUUUUCCAUAUCGUGAAGGUAAGGCUGCACUUUGGUGUGAAAAACAGGAUUCAGAAUGUAAAGAAAUUAAUGAGUUGGAGCAGGAAGCAAAAUUUAUGUUUCAGCAUUUGAAUUCAAGUAAUAGACCAAAUGCAAAAGAAAAAGAUGAAAAUAAGCUGUAUUUGACAAUUAAUGAACUUGGCAAAUUUUUAUGUCAAUAUAAAGACAUAACAAAUUUUCAGUAUCCCAAAAGGAUUGUUCCUCCAUAUAUUAACAAAGAUAGACCAAGUUUAAUAGUUUUGUCUCAUGAUGACAUCAUGUACGCAGUUCUUGAGAUUUAUAUUUAUAAAGAUGGAAUCCUACCUACUUCAGAGGAAGUUUUACUUUGUGAUGAUUCUGUUUCAAUUGAAGAGAUAGAACUGUUAAUAAUGCGAGCUGUAGACAACAAAAAUGGCUUGUAUUGUUUGGUAAUAAAUGAAAGCGUAAAAUAUGAAACAUGUGAAAGAGCUUAUUUAUUCUUGCAAAAGACAAUUCAUAUAGGUAAUAUGAGUCCACUUGUAGUACUUUGUAGCAGUGAAAACCACCACAAUUCAUAUCUUGCAAUAGCUCUUGACCAUUUUAAAGUAAAAAUGUCAAGUUAUCUUAAUAGAGAUCAAAUUAGUGAGAAACUUACACAAUGUCUUCGAAACAAACUUUCAGAUCAAAAGGCUGGAAUUAUAUUCAAUGAAUCGAUAUACAAAUCAAUUGUGGUGAAAUCAAGGAGGAGUGGAAUGGGGAAAUCAUUAUUUGUAGAAAAAUGUGGCUCACAACUUUCUUCUCAUUUGGAUGCUAAUUACCAAGCAAAUAUGAGUAAUAGUCAAAACAAGAGCAGUGUUGUUAUUGUACCUGUGCAUGGGACAUUGGUUAAUGUUAAUGCAAUAGUUGAAAGACUACUUCAAUUUGAAGAAAGGCCUAAUGCUUUUUUUCCUAGAUUAUAUCAUUUUGAUAUAACAACAAUGAUCAGACAAGGACUGGAUUCUUUUCUAUUUAACUUAGUUGUUCUGGGAUCAUUAAAAGCGAGUACAGGAAAAAUAUGGAGGAUGAAUAACAAUGAUACAUGUAUCAUUGAAAUAACCAUAAAUCUUUCUGAUAAAAAAACUGAUAAUUUUAAGGGUUCCAGUAAAAACCAAUGUUUCAGUGUAGUUUCUAACAUGCUACCAUGUAUUACAUGCAUUUCUCCCAAUGAGGUUUUGAGUGUGCUCCAAAGUCAAGAGAUACCUAAAAUGGUUUGGUAUGAUAAAGAAGAGUACAAAAAAUGCUCAGUACAACGUGUUUGUUGGUAUUUAUACUUGUAUGAUGCAAAACGAAAUUUGUUGAAUACGUUCACUUACAAUCCAACUUUUCAUUCUAUAGAUCUUCAAAACAGUUUAAAGAUAUUAUUAAAGUAUUGUGGCAUGCAAGAUCCUUCUUGGAAUGAAGUGAGAAAUUUUAUCCACUUUUUCAACUCACAACUUAUCGACUGUGAGCAAAGCGCUUUCACAAGCCAUCAUGUUGUUGAAGAUUUGAGAGGAUUCAAAAUUUUUGUUAUUAAUUUCCUGUUAGAAAUGACUCAAGACUUCUCAACACGCUCGAUAUCAUUAGAUAAUUGUCACAGUUCUAGUGAGCAAAUGAUUCAGUUGAAAAGAAAAUGGGAACACAGUUCUCAUCCUUACUUGUUUUUCAACCAAGAUCAUACGACAAUCACAUUUUUUGGAUUUAACAUUGAUUCAAAUGGUAAUUUACUUGCUCCAGAUUGUAAAACCAUAAUAAAGCAAGGUAUAAUGACAAAAGAUCUUUAUACUGAUCUGAAUCGUCAAAUGGACGGAUGUUUAAAUACCAAUUUCAAAAACUUAUCACGAAAAUCAAAGUUAGAUAUACUUUGUUGUGUAAUUGGUGUGGACAGUUUCGAUCCAGACCCUUCAUAUGAAUUGACUGUUGACAAUAUGAAGAAAAUUCUUGCUAUUCAUAUGAGAUUACGAUGUGUUAUUCCAGUGAUAAUGAUGGGAGAAACAGGUUGUGGUAAAACAAAAUUAAUUAAGUUUAUGUGUGCCCUGCGAGCUGGAAAAAAAGAAAUUCAGAAUAUGUUACUUGUUAAGGUUCAUGGAGGUGUAACUCAUCAAGACAUAAUUAGAAGAAUUGAGCAAGCAAAACGUUUAGCAAAAGAAAACUACGAAAAAUUCAAGUUAAAUACAAUUUUGUUUUUUGAUGAAGCAAAUACUUCUGAUGCAAUAGGACUAGUCAAAGAAAUAAUGGUAGAUAAAAGAGCGGAUGGUAAACCAUUAGGAUUAGCUGAAUCUGGACUUGAAAUAAUUGCUGCUUGUAAUCCAUACAAGAAGCAUUCACCAAAUAUGAUAAAAAAGUUGGAAUCUGCUGGCUUGGGGUAUCAUGUAAAUUCCAAGUCUACAAAUGAAAAAAUUGGAGAUAUUCCUUUGAGGCAACUGGUAUACCGUGUACAUCCUUUACCAAAUAGCAUGGUUUCACUUGUUUGGGAUUUUGGUCUAUUGGAUGCUGAGACUGAAGAAGCCUAUGCAAAACUAUUAAUUUUAAAAUUUAUAAGAAAUGGAAAGCUACCAAAUGACAAUCUGUUUUUUAUGUUAAUUACUUGCGUGCUUAAAGAAUCUCAAGCUUAUAUGAGAAGGCAAAAGGAUGAGUGCCGUUUUGUCAGUUUGAGAGAUGUGGAAAGAGCAUUAUUAGUCACAAGUUGGUUUUAUAAGAGGGUUGACUUAUUUAUUAACAUUGCUGAUGAAAAGCUCACUAUUUAUAACAAAAUGCAAUUGACAUUAAUUUACUCAUUAAGCGUAUGUUAUAUUGCAAAAUUAGAAGACCGUGAAUCUUAUUGUAAAUAUAUUUCUAAAUUCUUUACUGGUUGUUUUAAAUUGAGAAAUGGUGCUCAAGAAAUUAAAGACAAAGUUGUUAGUCUCCAAAAAAAAUUUUUGUGCGAAAUAAAGCUUGAAGAUAAUAUUGCACAAAACGAAGCUUUAUGUGAGAAUAUUUUCAUGAUGGUUAUUUGCAUUGAAUUGCGUAUCCCUUUAUUUGUUGUUGGAAAACCUGGAAGUUCAAAGUCAUUAGCAAAAUCUAUCAUUCAAGAUUGUAUGCAAGGAACCAUGUCAAAAUCUUGUCUGUUUCAAAAUUUUAAGCAGAUUUUUAUGUCUUCGUACCAAUGCAGUCCUCUUUCAACAGCAGAUGGAAUAAUAAAUACAUUCAAACAGUGCAGUCGAUUUCAGGAAGGAAAAGAUCUUGAAACUUUUACUUCUGUUGUUGUACUAGAUGAAAUUGGUCUUGCAGAAGAUUCUCCACGUAUGCCUCUUAAAGCAUUGCACUCAUUAUUAGAAGAUGGCACUGAUGGUUCUGAAGAACUUACACUUGAUGAUUUGUCUCUUAAAAACAAAAGAGUGGCAUUUAUUGGUAUCUCAAACUGGUCACUUGAUCCUGCAAAAAUGAAUAGAGGAAUUAUGUUAUAUAGAGGACAACCUAAUUUUGAUGAGUUAGUUAAAACUGCAAGAGAUAUAUGUUCAAACGAUGAAUACGUUUUUGAAAGAAUUGCAUUUUUAUUUGAACCUCUAACAAAGGGAUACUUAGAAGUUUAUGAAAGGCAAAACAAUUGCGAUAUUAUAAAAAAGUAUAGAAAAGAAGAAUUUUUUGGUUUAAGAGAUUUUUACAGUUUAUUAAAGUUAGUAUUUUGCUUUGCUCGCAAACGCAAAAAUGCUCCUACACUUUCAGAUAUUAGACAUGCUGUCAAAAGAAAUUUUAGUGGACUUCAGGAGCUGGACACAUGGAGUAUUUUUAAAUCCUGUCUUCCUAGUAAUUUUUCUGAGUUAAAAGAUACAGAUGUAGAUAUACCUGUGCUGCGCCUAAUUGGUGAUAGUUUUGCUGAUAAUUGUCCAUGUUAUGAAUACCGUUUUAAUCUUAAAAAGACAGAAAAACCGCAUUGUUUAAGUUCUCGUUAUCUUCUAUUAAUGACAAAUGGUUAUGCUGCUUUACCAAUCAUUGAACAGUAUUACUUACAAACCAAUCCAAGUUUAAAAAACAAUCAAAAUUGUAUCAUUUUUGGAAGUAGUUUUCCUAAGGAUCAGCAGUUUACUCAGAUUUGCCGUGAUAUAAAUCGAAUUAAAAUAUGUAUGGAAACCGGUGCUCGAGUUGUAUUGUUAAAUAUGGAAAACUUAUAUGAAAGUCUUUAUGAUACAUUGAACCAGUAUUAUGUAUCACUUGGAGGAAAGAACUAUGUAGAUUUAGGCAUUGGAUCUCAUAGAGUUAAAUGCAGGGUGCAUGAAGAUUUCAGACUUAUAGUGAUUGCAGAUAAAGAAAAUGUGUACAACACCUUUCCUAUUCCUUUGAUAAAUAGACUAGAGAAGCAUUUUUUAAGUAUGUUGAAUGGAAUGGAACAUUCUCAAAUAAAACUUGUUGAAAAGCUUAAAAAAUGGGCUUAUGAUUUUUCAAGCAUAAAAUUGUCAACACACAACUUUAAACCAUCAGAUUCAUUUAUUGGAUACAGUGAAGAUAGUUGCGCUUCUAUUGUAAUUAAACUUUAUCAAAAGUAUGUUGGGUAUGGUGACAUUGAUCACGAUAAAGUUGGUGAGGUUGACCAUGAUAAGAUUUUUGAAGAAAGUUGUCACGUUUUAUUAAAACUAGCUACUCCUGAUUCUUUAAUGCGAGUUGUGAAGACAUGUUUGAAAGAUCAUUUUGAAUACUAUUGGAAUAUUUAUUUUAUUGAGCAGUUUCAUGACUCUUUGGCUGCUUAUCUUAGCAAUGAACUUAAGAAUACAGAUAGUAAAUUUAUGCAGGUUACAACAUUUUCUCGACUUUUAUCUCCAACCGACAAGGAGAGUUUAAAUAUUGAGUUGAAUGAUUUUAAAAUUGAGAUGUUUUUUCUUAUGCAGUAUCAAACAGAAAAAUCAUUCAGAGAUUGUCUACGAGUUGUGUGCGAUUCUGUUACUAAUAAGAAACAGCUUCUCAUUAUUCAAGCAAAUAAUGCGCAGGAAAGAAGCAAAUUAAUUGCAUGUGCACAAUACAUUUGUAAAGAACUGCUAGAGCAGUUUAAAUUAAAGAAUAUAUCUGUUUUAUUUAUCUUGCAAUUAAACUAUAAAGCUAAGCAGUUAGACUUAUUGAGCUCAGUGUCAUUUUGGGAAUGCUGCCAUAUUGAUGAGUUACGUAGUUCAAACUUGCCUCAUCUUAUCAAGUACUAUGGAAAAUCUUUGAAAGAAAUAAUUAGCCUUGAUGAUAUAAAACCAAAAAUGAUUCAACUAAUAUUAGGAUGUGUACAAAUGGCUAUUCGGCGCCUAAGUGAAAUGAAGCAAAUGACUAUUGAACAAAUAUCACAAAGAAUUAAUAUUUUAACAAAUCUUUUAACAAGUAAACCUGAUGAUAUUCGAUACAUGUUUAACACAACUGUAUUAGAGCUGAUAGAAACUGGUUUAGCUGCAGAAGAAAGUAAUUGGCAUCCUGAUUAUGUUACAAAUUGGAUUCAAAAUGAAGCAAUAGAACAAAAAUAUCAACCAUCAUAUGGAACAUUUAGACAUGCAUUAUUUUAUUAUGUGGAAGAUCGCAUUGUGCCUGUUUUUACAUCCAUUGUUUCUAGUAUAGAUAAAUUUCAUAAUCUUGAAAUUCUUCACAAUGAACCAAAAUAUACAAAGCUCUGGGUAGAAUUGUUUUCUAAAUUUAUGGUUAUUUCUAACAAUGCCCCCUGCAAGUUAUUGGAUCCAUAUUUUCAUUGCAAGUUUCCAUUUUCAGAUAGAGUUUUUAAAGAGAUUGAUGAUGCAUUGCAAAAUUGCAUUCAACUAGGAUAUAGAUGUUUAUUUGAUGGAUCAAUUUUUAUCUCAUCUUGCUUCUAAACGCUUCUGUCCUGGUCUCAUUGAGGAAAUUAGAAAAACAAAAGUGUUGAUCAAUUGCGUUCUUGAGUCAGCAACUAAAUGUAAAUGCAACAAUGUAACAAAAAAAAUGGUGAAACAAUUACAAGUUCGUUGGUGUAGUUUUAGAAUCUGUCAAAAGUUUUCAGAUGUUGUGUUUCAAACCUCAACAUGUUUUUGCAAUCAUCAAAUUGAUUUGUUGAGCUCACUGUGGAAGAAACUGGAAACUCUUCCAAAUGAUAUGCUGACCUAUGAGUCAUGGAUUAUAGUUGAAGAAUUUUUAAAAGAGUCUCUUGCAAUCGAUUUUUCUAAUAUCAGCGAAGAUUGCUUAGUCAAUAAUUGCAGUGACGCUUCAUAUACUCUUCCAUGUUGCAGAACUGUUUAUAAUGAAUGUAUGCAUAAAAUAUUUUGUAAAACAAUGAGAUGCCCAAUAUGCAAUAAUGAAUUCAAUGAUACAGAUAUAUUUCAAGAGAGUUUAGAAAGAAGACAUAUGGUUUUUAAAAAAGAAGAAUUCAAGAAGCGAUGUAUUUCAUUUUAUGCUGAAAUUGUUGCUGAAUUUUGUUUUUCAAGAAAAGAUUUUGAUAGAGUGGAUACAAAUGUCAUUGAGAAUAUUCUAGAUUAUGUUUUUACUUCCAAAACCACUAAAGUAUUUUCCUCAUUACCAAAUUGUCCACUCAAUCCAAUUCCUGUCAUUCGCUCAUAUUUACUUCAGCAACUUCUUCAAAGGAAUUACAAUGAGGUUCAAAAAUACCUCAGUCGCCAUUUAUUUUCACAUACAGAUCAAAGUCAGCUUCUUGAAGUAGCAAAACUUUUUAUAUAUUGUAUGGAGGACAAAAAGGAAUUGGAUCUUUCUACAUUAGUAAAGGAGACUAUUAUCAACUUGGCUCUACUUGAGUAUGUUUCAGAUGAAUUACUCACUGGAUACAAUUUUAUUCAAUCAGUCAGGCCUGGAGAGUCUUUAGCAGAAGUCUCAUUACUCGAAUCCAUUGCUGUAUUGCGAAUUACUUUGAGAUUAUCAGCUCGAAUAUUGUGUACCCGGUUUCUUGGGGAAAAUUAUGAUGAAAAAAAAAUUAAAAGGCGUUUUGAUGGUUUUUUAGCUGCACUAACUAAAUUCGUUCUUAAGUUUAAAGACAGUCAACCAUAUUAUUAUUUUUUGAAGCAAAUUGUUCGAAAUUAUGGAAUUCAAAGUUUGAAAGAGAUUGUGAUGAAUCCUGAAGUUGAUUGGCUUCUUAAUCAAAAUGAAAGUUUUAACAAUAUGACAAAUUGUGACAAAUUUUUGGUGUAUGGCGAAUAUUAUAAGAUAAUUCGUGAUCGUUUCGUUAUAUGCAUUUUGGAAGAUAACCUGCUAGGUAUAAGUCAAUUAGAAGAGGAUGAUGAAGACAAAACAAAUGUGUUUCUUCAGUUAUCAUUAUUCAAAGCAUUAUCCAAUCUUCCUAACCUUACAAUACUUGAAGGUAAAAUAAAAAUACAGGCAUGUUUAUCUGCCAUAAGAUGCUUUUCAAAUUUAGAACCGUAUUCUUCAAUUUUAUAUCAUUUCUGGGUUGUAAUAAAUUCUGGCAAUCCUUCUACACGUCUCUUUUUGCUGCUGGCCACCCAUCCACAACAUGUUUAUGAAUGGUUUUUUCCUGCAAUGCCACAUGAUAACUUAUCAGAUGUAUUUGGCCUAAAUCGUGGUGAUAACAGCAAUUCUUUUUUAUUUUAUGCCUGUCCUCGUGGUCAUCCAUAUGUGAUAACAAAUUGUGGUCAACCUAAUCAAACAUAUUUGUGCCCUGUUUCAAAUUGUCAAUUAGCAAUUGGAGGAGAAAAUCAUACACUGCUUUCCUCAAAUAGAAUAGUUUUUGCAAGAGUUGAUGCAACAAAACCUGGUCAUUGUUUGGGUCCAGCUUCAGAACGCCCAAAUUUUUGUAUUCCACAGCGAGAAUUGAAACCCUUGUCUGUUACACUUCUAAAUUUAUUAGUGCAUCUUUCAUUACUUAUUGCAACUCUGACUGGUCAUGUAAAGGAUGUUGUGAGAUUGGUGCAUUCAGAAGUAAAUUCAGAUUCAAUGCAAACGUUUCUAGUACAGCACAUUGAAAAAGAUCUUGCUCUAUUGUCUAAUAGAAUAGCAAAGAAUAAUGAUGAUACAAACUCUGCAGUUCACACUUUUUUUAAACACCUGCUAUUAAAUGAUGAACCAGACAACAUAAUGAUGGUUGAUUUAACAAGUGUGCAAAUCAGAAAUCAAUAUGAAAAUGCUUUUGAUCAAAAAUUUAUUCAACCUUUUUUUAAUUCAUUGGAUGACGAGCUUUUACGAUUUAACAAAUUUUUGAUGGCAGACCAUUGUAUAAAUGACUCUCCCUUGAUGAGGAAAAUAUUUGAACUAGAUACAGAACUAGACUUUUCAAAUGUUACAGUCAUGAGUCCACAACUUUGGCUUUACAAGCAAUCAGUAUCGGUUGAAAGUCUUAAAGUUGCAGUUCAACUGAAAGUAGCAGCUGGUGGUGCUAAUGACAUAUUGAUUCUUGAGAAGUUUUUGGAACAGGAAUCAGUACUUAGUUUAAUAAAAGAAUUGCCACUAAUAUUAGAACUCCAAAAAAUUUUGCAACAUGAAUUUAACUACAAACUUGACAAAAAAACUGCUGUCAAUAAAACUGUUGUUGAGUUUUUAUCAGAUAUUAAUGCAAGUAAACCAGAAUUGAAAAAAAAAGUAGAAAAACUUAUUAAAUGCUUCAUUAAAACAUGGAAUCAGGCUCGUGGCCUUUUUACAGAGAGACAGAAAAGAUUGGAGCCAAAUUUACAUUUGAUUAAACUUGACAACAAGUGUAGUUUUGCAUACUUUAUUGCUGCAGGUUCUGACCACGGGUUGUGUGCUUCAAUGCUGAUUGAUUUUCUUGCAUUCCAGCAGAAUGAAUUUUUGGAAGAGUGUCAUUUGAUUAACCACGCACAUGUUUUUCAACAUGUUCCUAUAUUACAGUUAAAAGAAACAGACAUAAUAAGUUAUGAACAAAAUUGUGACCUCCUUCCAUUAGUGCUUUUAAAUUGUGAUUACUCUCUAGGUAUCGGAAAAGCUCCAAAAAUUGAGCAUAAUUUAGAAAUAAUUCAAAGACGUCUUUUUGAAAAUGUCAUUUUUGGUAAAGCAUUGAUUGACAAGGAGUUAAUACCAUUCUUUUACAGAGGAGAUAUCAAAAGUUUAAACUUUCCUUUAUUGAGGAGUUCUAUUCAACAGACUGAUAUUCCUUAUUCGGAACAAAAAAGAAUGUUAGAUGAAAUGAUUGAUAUAGCAGAUGUAUCUAUUGCUUUACGAGCUGUUGAAACAGUUAUUGGUAUAAUAACAUCUACAGGUGGUGAUUGUAAUAUGUAUUUACGAGAUUAUUUAUCCAAUAUUCUUCGCAUGAAUGAACAGGAUUACAUAGUUAGCAGAAAAAUGCAUGACUAUAUACGAUUGACUCACUUGUACUCUGUAUGGCUCAUGUUAACUGUUGAACAAGCAUGUAGAAUAUACACAAGUAAACAGAUUCCAUUUCAUGUAAAAGAAUCUUUUAUGAGUGAAAACCUUGAAAAGAAAGUGGUUGAAAAAAUGGAAAAAUUGCUGCAUCAUGUUGACAAAAAGGAACUGUUAAAUCUAAUCACUGAGUACAUUGUUUUGGAGCUGCCAUUAAGAAAUGAAGCUGAUAUUUCUUUAACGUUAAGUGAAGCCCUGCAAUUGUAUAAAGAUAAACAAGGAACAAUAGUAACAACUUGCUUAGAAUAUAUUAGUGAUGAAUUUUUAUUAAAACAUAUUUAUCUAUUUUGGGAGAUACUUGCUUCUCACGUAUAACAUUUUAAUGAUUAGAAUAUUUUUGACAGCAUUUUCUAAUUUUGUGAUCCUCUCAGUUAAUUUAUUUUUAAUUUUAUCAUUUUCAUUUUAUUUAAUUUUAUCAUAAUCAUUGUCAUUUUA